CGCGGGGGAGGGGCUGGGGUCGUGCCAGGGCCGCCAGUGGGCGUCAGCGCUUGGGCCGGGGUCUCCGCGGCUGGGGUGCGGUGGGCACCGGUGGCCCCCGGGGUCGGGGGGAGGCCCUUCGUCCGCGGCGGCUGGUGCUUGUCGCGCCGGGGCCUCUCCUGCCAGGCCGGCUUGGAAAGACGGUGCCUCCCCACGCGCGUCCCUGCGCGUCCCCGGCCGCGAGCCCUGGGCGGGCGCGGUCGGAGCGUCGGGACCCACGGCGGGUCGGGGAGCGUCCGGAGAGUGUCCGCGGCGUGACCCGGUUGCAGGGCCUGUGUCGCCCCUCCACCCUGGCUCGACUCAGCUCGCCUCUGCCUUUAUCAGGAGGGUUUUUCCGAGGCUCCUCCACUAACGAGAACCCCCAAACAACUUCGACAGUAGCUGGCGGGGUGGGCACCGCGUUGGCUCAAGGCCUUGUCUCUGACCUGGACCCACGUCUGCUCCUUGGAACAACAGCCCACUCACGAUUUCUGGGUCUCAGGCUUUUCAUCUGAAAAUGAGGGAAUGGAAAGAAGUGACCUUUUCUGCCCUAGUCCGGUGGAUUUUGCUGUCAUCAAAACAAUUUGAUGCUGAGUGGGAGCUACAGGAUGAUGAUGAAGGUGCCCCUUCCCCCUGCAGGUAAAUGUGAGUGCGUGGCAGGGAGAGCUGCAGUGCUCUGCAGGAAACUGCCGAGUCCACAGAUCCUGGUUCCACACAAAUAAGGCUGCUCGUGUGAGAUAAGAAACGCGUUCCCAGAAGCAGAAAGUCAUUCCUAGUGUAAAAGACCUCACACCAGAGCUUCAGGGCAGAAGCAGAGGCUGCAGGACAGAACAAAUCUCAGACUUGCUACUCAUCUUGCAGCAGAAAUGACCAUGUUACAGGGGUCGUUCUCAUUUGAAGAUUUAUCUGUGGACUUCACCCAGAAGGAAUGGCAACUACUGGCCCCCUGUCAGAAGGACUUAUACAAGGAUGUCAUGUUGGAGAACUAUAGCAGCCUCGUGUCACUAGGGUAUGAAGUUAUGAAACCUGGUGUCAUCCUCAAGUUGGAGCACGGAGAAGAGCCGUGGACAGGAGAUGGAGAAAUUCCAGGUUCAGACUCUUCAGAACAAGUCUUGCAAGUAAAUGGUCACAUCACUUGGCACAAGGAUAACCAAGAGAAGCUUAAAAAUAUGAAACAAGAUCAAGAAUGUGAUGCACUUGGAAAAAAUUUCAAUCUGAGCAUGAACUUUGUUCCUUUAAGGAAAUCAAACAGUGAAGGUGAUAUAGGUGGAUUAAUUUUAAAACAUCAUAUAGAUUUACUUAUUCCAAAAGCAGAUUAUGGAAAAACAGAACCAGCUGACUUAAAUGUAUUUGAUAAAUUGUUUCUCCAUACCAAGACUGAGGAAACUGAUACUUGGUUAAAAUACUAUGAAUGUGAUAAGUAUGAUAAAGCUAGCUGUAAGAAGUCACAGAUUAUCAUAUAUCACAGAACCCAUUUAGGGGAGAAGCUCUAUGAAUGCAGUGAAUGUAGGAAACGCUUCAGUAAGAAAUCAAGUCUCAUUAAACAUCAGAGCAGACACGUAAGAGAAAUAGCCUAUGGCUGUGGUAAAUGUGGCAGAACCUUUCCCCAGAAGUCACAGUUCAUUACACAUCACAGAACGCACACAGGAGAGAAACCUUACAGUUGCAGCCAGUGUGGGAAAGCCUUCUCCCAGAAGUCACAGCUGACAUCCCAUCAGAGGACACAUACAGGAGAGAAACCAUAUGAAUGUGGUGAGUGUGGGAAAGCCUUCUCCCGGAAGUCACACCUCAUAUCACACUGGAGGACACACACAGGAGAGAAGCCCUAUGGAUGCACUGAAUGUGGAAGAGCCUUUAGUGAAAAGUCAAAUCUCAUCAAUCAUCAGAGGACUCACACAGGAGAGAAACCUUUUGAAUGCAGAGAAUGUGGGAAAGCCUUCAGCAGGAAAUCACAGCUCGUCACACAUCACAGGACCCACACAGGAACAAAACCCUAUGGAUGUAGCAAUUGUAGAAAAGCCUUCUUUGAGAAAUCAGAGCUCAUUAGACAUCAGACAAUUCAUACUGGAGAGAAACCCUAUGAAUGCAGUGAGUGUCAGAAAGCCUUCAGAGAGAGGUCCAGUCUCAUUAACCAUCAGAGAACACAUACAGGAGAGAAGCCUCAUGGGUGUGUCCAGUGUGGGAAAGCCUUCUCCCAGAAGUCACACCUCUUAUCACAUCAGAUGACACACACCGGAGAGAAACCCUUUGUAUGCACUAAAUGUGGGAAGGCCUUCAGUAGGAAAUCCCAGCUUGUCAGACAUCAGAGAACUCACACAGGUGAAAAACCCUAUGAAUGCAGUGAAUGUGGGAAGGCUUUCAGUGAAAAAUUAAGCCUCACUAAUCAUCAGAGAAUUCAUACAGGAGAGAAACCCUAUGUGUGCAGUGAGUGUGGGAAAGCCUUUUGUCAGAAGUCACAUCUCAUUUCACAUCAGAGGACUCACACAGGAGAGAAACCCUAUGAAUGCAGUGAGUGUGGGAGAGCCUUUGGCGAGAAGUCAAGUCUGGCAACUCAUCAGAGAACACACACGGGAGAAAAACCUUAUGAAUGCAGGGAUUGUGAAAAAGCCUUCUCCCAGAAGUCACAGCUCAACACUCACCAGAGAAUUCACACGGGAGAGAAACCUUAUGGAUGCAGUCUUUGUCAGAAAGCUUUCUUUGAGAAAUCAGAACUAAUUAGACAUCAGAGAACUCAUACAGGAGAAAAACCUUAUGAGUGCAGUGAAUGUAGGAAAGCCUUCAGGGAGAAGUCAAGUCUCAUCAAUCAUCAGAGGACACAUACAGGAGAGAAGCCCUUUGAAUGCAGCGACUGUGGCAAAGCCUUCUCUCGGAAGUCGCACCUCAUACCACAUCAGAGAACCCACACAGGAGAGAAACCUUAUGGUUGCAGUGAAUGUAGGAAGGCCUUCUCUCAGAAGUCACAGCUUGUUAAUCAUCAGAGAAUUCAUACCGGAGAGAAACCUUAUCAAUGUAGUGAAUGUGGGAAAGCCUUCUCUCAAAAGUCACAGCUCAUUAAUCAUCGGAGAACUCAUACAGUAAAGAAGUCCUAGGAAUGGCAUUAACACUAGUUUUUGACAGAGAUCUUAACUGCAUUGUACUUCAGAGGAUGCAGUUAUGGUAAAUGUUCCAGGUAAUAGUCGCAUCAUGUUACAUGUCUGAGUCCCCGUUUAGGGAAAGGACUCUAAGUGAGGUUCAGCAGAUUAACGUGUUUAUUAUUACAUGUUAAAAUGCAUAGAGGAGAAUGACCCUAUGAAAUGCAGUGGAUUUUAAAAACCUUUCAAACCAUACUCAAACCUUACACAGCAGAGAACUAACAGCAAAGAAGAAUGCUGUGAAUAUCAGGAAGGCUUCCAGAGAUCAGAUCUCAUUAGCUGUCAGAAACAUCCCCACUGGGAAUGAAUCCUAGUCCAGUGAGUUAAGGAAAACUUCAUGAACACAGCAAGUGAGGUAAUAUUUUCAUCAAGCAAUGAAGCUCAUUGUACACAAAAAGAUGCCCUCAGGAAUGAAAACCGAUGAAAAUACUAAAUAUGGGACAAUCUUCAGCAAGUAACCCCACCAUAUUGUAUUCUGUGGGUAAACCUAACAAUUUAAAAACAUUAGGAAUAUGUGCCCCUAGAAAUAAUGCUAUAAUGGAAAGCCAUGCAUUCUUUAUAGACAUGGGUACCAAAAAUACCCAAUUCUAAAUGAUAUUUAGGCAGAAGUAUGUUUUUAAAAAUAUGUGACUAAAUUGAGUCACUGGAAUAUCUAAAUGAGAAAUUUCUCAGUGGUAUGUAAUUGUGGCUUAUUUUCCUGUGUCACAUAAUGUGUUUUGUAUUUAGGAAUUGUGUAUGGUAAUGUAAUUGGGAGCAUGAGAUGCACAUGCCUUGUAGUGCCUCUGAUGUCUUUUAAGACACACCACAUACCACUGGUUUUUCUAUUUUAAUGUUACUAUAAAAAUAGUAACUCAUACAUGUCUUGUUUUUCAGUAAGUAGCAUGGGUAGUAUCACCACAUUUCCUUUUCCUUAUGAUUUGUUGGUUUAUAAAAGGGUCUAUUGUUGUUACUGACCUUUCUCUUUAGUAACAAAAGCCAACAUUAUAUAAAGUCUUUUGCAUCCCCAGAGUCUGAGAAGCAGUUUAUACAAAAACCUGGUUAACAAGUAUUCAAGGGCAGAACCGCAGAACAGCACAAGUGACUCGUGAGCAGAGGAGAGGAGGUGUGUGGACUCUGCGCUCACCCUAAACGGUGGGACCCUCUCCUCACAGAGUGCGGUGCCCCCUGGUAUCGUAAGUGCCAUGUCACCCAAGUACAACUUGUAUUUUAACUUACUGUGAUGAAAUAGCAUGGAUACUGUGUGCUGCUAUUAUGUUUUUUGUGUUCUGUAAAAUAUCUUGUAAAAGAAUUAGAUGCAGAAACCAGUUAUUUGAGAA